AUGCUAUAUGAGAUCAAUAACCCAUAUAUAUCUAUAUACCGCACGGCCCAGGAUCGGCUCAACAGUAGCGCUGCAGACGCCCGCGUCAUACUAACCAGCAGGCUUACACUAGCCCUAGAGACUGGGCAGGACCGCCGCAGGGAGAACGUACCUACUAGCGAUGAGCUAGGCCUAGUGAUACCUGACGCAGCAGGUGCAGAGACGUCCCGUCCCAUCGUCCUAGCAGCCCGUAACUCCAGCGCCCUGUUUACUAUUAGCGCCGCCCACCCAUCUUACAUGCCGCUACACUACGUACUGAUGUUUCCCCACGGGGAUUCUGGGUGGCGGCCGGGGCUAACGCUCCGUAACCAGGACGGAUCCCGUCUGCAGACGUCGCUGACCCAGCAAACCUACUAUCGAUACUAUCUACACCCCCGCCCUGGGCAGACUACAAAUCCGUUCCGCUUCUACAGGCUGUUUCAGCAGUACGUUGUGGAUAUCUGGGCUAUCUGCGACCAGGCCCGGCUGGCCUGGAUCCGAGCAAACCAGGCACAGCUGCGGGCAGACCUGUAUAGCGGUGUUGCUGAUGCCGUUAUGGGCAACAACGACGCCCAGGCAGGCCCUGUUGGACGCCGCGUUGUCCUGCCGUCGUCCUAUCUAGGCAGCUCACAAUUUGUCAGCCAGUGCUAUCAGGACUCUAUGGCUAUCGUCCGUCGAUAUGGCCGCCCUACCCUGUUUAUCACUUUUACAGCUAGCCCAUACUGGCCAGAGGUUGCCCGUGAGCUCCGCCCUGGGGAGACAGGCCUGAAUCGGCCUGAUCUAAUCUGCCAGGCCUUCCAUCUGAAGGUGCAGAAGCUAGUAGCCGAUGUGAAGAGCAACCUGUUCGGCACCCAUCUGGGCCACGUGUACACGAUUGAGUACCAGAAACGGGGCCUGCCCCAUAUACACCUGCUGCUGUUCCUGACCCCACACAACCGCGAGGCGUUCACGGAUCCUGUAACAAUUGAUAGCACUAUCCAGGCUGAGAUCCCUUCCCCUGUGGAUGACCCAGACGGCCUGCUUACAGAGGUUGUACGGACCUUCAUGCUUCACGGGCCAUGUGGGGAGCACAAUCUGCAGGCCCCGUGUAUGGUGCCUCAGCGCGACAGCGCCCCGCCGCGGUGCUCUAAGAACUUUCCUAAGCGUUACUGCCCAUCUACAGUGGUCCAUAAGGACAGGUACCCUGAGUAUUAG